AUUGUUAUGGAUUGGGAUGAUACCAUCACAAACAAGGAUACAAUUCAAUUAGUUGCAGAAGCUGCCUAUAUCACAACACCCAAGUUCCCAAGAGAUUGGAGUCAUUUUGCUGAACUGUAUUAUUCCAAUUAUAAACUCUAUACAGAGAACUUUGGAGUAAGAAACACAUUAAAAGAUGAAUUUGAAUUUCAAAAAGGGUUAAAACAAAUUGAGCUAAGUUCCGUUAAUGAAUAUGUUGGAUUACAAUUGUUUAAAGAUGUCACUUUGAAAACAUUAGAAGAUCAAGCAUCCAAAGUUGAGAUAAAACCUAAUUUUUUCCAAGUUUUCAAGAAAUUAUAUGAUUCCAAACUACCAGUCAUUAUAUUGAGUUGUAAUUGGACUUCAGUCAUAAUGUCCAAAAUUUUCAAAGAUCAUGGAUUUGAACAAGAUGAAAAUUUCCAGAUAAUAACAAACGAAUUUGAGCAUACAAAUGAUAAAUUGACUGGUCAAGUUAAAGAAGAUGUUUCAAUUCGUACAGGUGCUGAUAAAGUUGAACACGUUCGAAAACUAUUGAAGGAGUUAAACAAUAGUGGCAUUCAAGAUGCAGUGUAUUAUAUAGGGGAUAGUGCAACAGACAUUUUACCAAUGCUUGAAGUUGAUUAUGGUAUAAUAAUUGGUGAUGGAUCUGCUUUGAAAACUCUACAAAAAUUGAACAUC